CUAACCCCAGCAAAUUUUUUUUCAACUCCUCUCUUUUUUUCUCUCUCUCUCUUCACCUAUCUCCCCACUCUUUGUGUUUACAACUUAAGAUAUAAAAAUGGCCACCAUUUCUCUCAAGAGUGUUGUUCAAAACUCCAAGUUCCUUUCUGGAUUACUUAAGCCUGCUGCCAAGGCUUAUGCUGGUGCUGCUGGUUAUCAACAAAUCGGUCUCAAAUACGAUGACUUGAUUUCUGAAGAAAACCCUUUGGUGAAGGAAGCUCUUCGUCGUCUUGAAAUUGCUGAACCUCGUCAAAUGUAUGAUCGUGCUUACCGUAUGCGUGUGGCUAUGCAAUGCUCUUUGACUCACAGUAUCUUACCCAAGUCUGAAUGGACUACUCAUGAAACUGAUGUCAGAUAUCUCCAACCCUAUAUUGAAGAAGUCAGUGCCGAAUUUGCUGAACGUGAAGCCUUUGACAACAUCAAGUUUACUGCCAAACAUUAGAUUAUAGUUUUUUUUUUUUAUUAUUAUUAUUAGUUAUACAUCAGAAAUAAAUAAAAAAAAAAGCAACAUUCUUAUUUCAUAGUUGUCCUUUUUUUAGAAUAUUAUAGUUUUGAUUAUAUAUCUAUUUUGCGAUCUG